AUGCCCGUGAUGCCCGACCACGGCGCCUCCGCUCCUCUCCUCCCCUCCUCGGCCUCGCACCACCACCCCUCCGCCGCCCCGUCUCCCCAACACCCGCCCUCGGACCCGGGCCCGGACGCCUCCCGCGCCGCCGCCGUCCGCCGCCAUGUCGCCCGCCUGCGCAAGACGGGCCGCCGCCUGCUCGACUCGCGCAAGAAGCACUUUGCCGUCAUGGCCGUCGUCGCCCUCGACGCCGCCGCCCUGCUCGCCAAUGUCUUCAUCCGCCUCAUCGCCUGCGAGAUGCGCCAGGACCACGAACCCUGGGUCCAGGCCGUUACCUCGGCCCUCGAGACCGCCGCGCUGAUCAUCAGCUGCCUGUUUAUGCUCGAGCUGGCCGCCUGCGUCUUCGCUUACGGCUUCAGGACCUAUUUCUCCGAUUGGUUCCACGUCUUCGACGCCGCCGUCAUCGUCCUGAGCUUCGUCAUCGACGUCGGCUUCCGCGGCCUCGCAGAGUCCAUCGGCUCCCUCGUCGUUGUCCUCCGCUUGUGGCGUCUUGCCAAGAUAUCCGAAGAGGUCGUCGUCGGCGCCACCGAGCGCAUGGAGCUCUUGGAGCACCACCUGGACGAGCUCGAGAUUGAGAACAAGCAUCUUCGCUCACAGCUGGGGCUGGACUCGGUGGACCAUUCCGGCCAUGAAUGA